AUGGCUACCAAGACGUCUAGCGUCAUUCGUUGCGCCGCCCAUGAUGAGCAGUCAGACGCGCAACAAGUUUUCGACGACUACAUGAGCGCCCAAUGGAAAAAAUGGCCAAACGAAGGAGCUUUUGACGCCCUGGAGGAGCAGCGUGGUCCUGUCGAGUUGAAAGUCAAGGGAUGCAUUCCCUCAUGGGCUGCCGGCUCACUGUACCGAACGGGGCCCGGUCAGUCCGCCGUGGAGAAUACCUCCAGGGGAACUCAUCGAGUAUCGCACUGGUUUGAUGGCUUCGCUCGUACGCACAAGUUCGACAUCAUUCCACCAACCCCUGACAGCAAGCAAUGCUCCGUGGUGUACUCUUCUCGCUGCCAAUCCGAGGAGUUUAUCCAAACCAUCAAGAAGAAGGGAUGGCGGGUCGACGUCUCUUUUGGGCAGAAACGGGAUCCCUGCAUCGGCAUCUUUGCCAAGUUGAUGAGUCUUUUUGUCCCCCGUCAAAUCAACAACAACGUGGCCAUAAUACCGGACCUACCCGGACUAGGAAACGGCCAAGCCGCCGCCAAAAACAGCGGCGGCCAUCGCAGCGCGCCAAGCAACGUGUACGCCAGCACAGACAACUCGAUCCUGCAGAAGCUUGACCCAAACACGUUGGAGCCGUUGGGGAGGGCUACGCAGGCGGACCUCCACCCGGAUCUCAAGGGCCUGCUGUCCUGCGCGCACGCGCAGAGAGACCCGGAGACGGGAGACGUGUUCAACUUUAACCUGGACCUGGGAAGAAGGGCCACCUACCGCAUAUUCCGCGUCAACGCGGACUCGGGAACGACUGAUAUCCUGGCCACUAUUUCCGACCCCGACUUGCCCGCCGCCUACAUCCACAGCUUGUUCUUGACGCAAAACUACGUCAUUCUCUGCGUGCCAGCAUCGCACUUCGCCUGGCGCGGCAUCAAGAUACUGUGGGAGCGCAACAUCAUCGACGCCAUCAAGCCGUUUGACAAGAGCCAGAGAUGCAAGUGGCUGGUGGUUGACCGCCGUCGCGGCAGGGGGAUCGUCGCCAGAUUCUCCAGCCCCGCUUCCUUCUUCUUCCACUCGGUCAACGCCUUUGAGGAGACGGCAAAGGACGACGCGGGGAACGAGGCAACAAGCAUCCACCUCGACUCCGUCACGUACCCAAACACGGACAUUAUGCACAUGUUUUACUACGACGUGCUCAUGAACCGCGACGAGGCCGCCACCAAGGCGCUGGUGGACAAGGGGAUCUUUAGGCUGGCCAAUGCCAGGCUGGUGCGGCACAAGUUUACCCUGCCGGCCUCGCCGGCCUGCCCGCAAAGCAGCGGCGAGGACGCCUACGCGCAGACCGCCCGAGAGGUGUUUUCCAUUCCGGGCCCCCACUCGGGGGAGCUGCCGGUCAUCAACGCGACGCGGGCCGGAAAGCCCUACAGGUACGUGUACGGCGUGUCCAGCAGGGGCAGGAGCAUCUUUAUGGACUCGAUAGUCAAGACGGACGUCGAGACGCGCGAGGCGCUGGUAUGGAACGGGCCGGUAGGACACACGCCGGGGGAGCCUAUUUUUGUGCCUCGGCCGGGCGGCGCGGAGGAGGACGACGGCGUGAUCCUGAGCUUGGUGCUCGACGGUAGCGCGCAGACGUCGUAUCUGCUGUGCUUGGAUGCCCAAACGUUUGGGGAGCUGGGCAGAGCGGAAACCGAGUUUGCCAUUCCGCUUGGUCUGCACGGGUGCCAUGUAUCGCGAUGA